AAAACUCAAAACCUACGUUUCACCAACGCGACUUAGGCCCGGCCACCGGUCCGAAGAGGAAGUGGAAGACGGACCACCGGUGAGUCGCCAUGGCCGCCGCUGCAACUUCAUCUAUCACGAAUUUCUUCUCCUUCCUCUCCAUCUCGAAAUCAUCACAAAUACACCAUAACUCCGUCUCUAUAAACUUCCAGUCUCUUCCAAAGUCUAAACAGACCCGGUUGUUUGCCUCCAGGGGUAAUGUUGCAUCUUCUUCCCAAGAACCUAAGGGUGUUUCCUCACGCAUUUUAAAUUAUAAUGUUCUGAUCACCGUGGGUGAGAACGAGUCUGAAGACCAGGUGGUGAAUCGGUUUAGGACACAGGUCUUGAGAGCAGGAAUUUUGCAGGAGUGUAAGAGGAGAAGAUUUUUCGAAAAUAGCCAGGCAAAGAGAAAGAGGAAAGCUAGGGAAGCUGCUAAGAGGAAUCGCAAGAGAAGGUUUAGGAGGCCUCAGUCAACAACUGAGAAGCAGCCAGACAAGAAAACCCCUGAGAGUAAGAAUAAAGAUGAGGAAGAUGACAACUGGGACUUUUACCAAGUAGACCUUCCAUACAGUUCAUAAAGGUCGCUCUGCCUUGAAAGAAUGAAACUAAUAUCUGUAAUGGAUGAGAGGAAUUAUUAGAUGUUUAGUGUAUUUUACUUGAUAUUAUUUAGUUUAGUUGGUAAUUUAGAAUUAGUUAGUAAAUUGUCAAAGCUAUAAAUAGCUACUUUAGGUUGUAAUGUGAAGCUUUUUAAAUACCGUUUGGAAAAUAGAAUUGUUCUUAGAGAACUCUCUUUGAAAUGAACUUCUUUUGUUUGGCUA